CUGCUUGCUUUCUUUUUUUGUUUGGGGGGGAAGAGGACUUCAUUCUCGCGGCUCAUAGUUUGAAACAUGCUAGUUGCUCUUUCCAUUCGCUGUCUACUUCUGUAUGCUGCUGCUUUCUCGCAUAUAAUGUCCUGCUGAUGAAAGUUAGAGAGGGUCAAUGUGAUGGCAUUUGUUGUAGGUGUUGAUCUCAUUAUUGUCUGGACGAUGAUUAUUGGGUAGCAUUUGGGACAUGAAUACUUGUGAUAUAGAAAUGUCAUGAGAUUAAUCAUGACUGCCAGUAUAAAAUGGUUUUUCCCACUUGGUUUUUAUAGUCUACGGCUAUUAAAAAAAAUCUUCCUUUGGUUUCUUGUUUUGGUUCUACAUGGAUCCUUUUAGUAGUAAGCAAUUUUCUCAGGAUAGGUAGAGCACUUGCCGAAAAGUAAAACCUAGUAGAAUCUAAUACAUGGUUAUUUUCCUAGUAGUUGUGACUGAUCAGUUGUAUAUGUAUUAACUAUUGGUUUCAUUUCAUUCCUGACGAGCUUGGUAAUGGGCAUCGGGGAGACUAUGAAGCAUUCAUAUAAAGUAACUAGAGAGAAGCCUUUCAUUAUGUUUUCACGACCUUGAUAAUCUCAGGUCCACGUGGCGUGAUCCCAUUAGCUGGUUCCCCUAAUCCUUCCGAUUCAGAUAAUGUAUGCGCAUGCACGUCACACAUAUUCCCAAUUUCCCACAUCCAAUGGGAAAAAAAUAUCUGUAAUCCGCAGACACUGUAUGUGUAUGCGUUGCGAAAGAGAUGGGCAGUGGGGCGCUCAUGACAUGUUAGCCUCUUGAUCUCCGUCUCCUCCUCUUGCUCGAAAUCCUUCCUUAAUCCCCCGAUGGCUCCGACCCUCACCUCCUCCAACUCCUUCCUCCUUAGACCGACCCCUCUGUCGAGGGCCACUGCCCUCCGGACCCCGAGGCUCACUGUAUUCGCCAAUAAGGCUGAUGAUGAUGCCCCUCCUUCUGGCGGCUUCAGUCCAUUCGGCAACUUUAACUUUGGUAAGAUCCCCGACGUCAAGUCCCUGGUCCCUGUGGUGAGCGGGGGCCGGACAUCCCCCGGGUUGUCUUUUGGUAACUUGAGGAGGAAGGACCCCGGCACCGUGUUUGUUGCUGGGGCGUCCGGGCAGGCGGGCAUCCGCAUUGCCCAGAAGCUCCUCAGGGAGGGGUUCAGCGUAAGGGCUGGCGUGCCUGAGCUCUCUGCUGCUCAGGAGCUGGCUCAGCUUGCCGCUACAUACAAGAUAAUAUCGAAUGAGGAGUCAAAACGCCUCAAUGCGGUGGAAUCCGCGUUCGGAGAUGCCGAGUCAAUUGCCAAGGCCAUCGGAAACGCUAGCAAGGUGGUGGUCACCAUUGGCCCCACGGAAUACGGCCCAUCUGCCGAGGUCAACCCAUUUGACGCCCUCAGCGUGGUUGAGGGUGCAAAGCUUGCCGGUGUCGGCCAUGUUGCGAUAAUCUACGAUGGCGGCACCGGCGGCUCCACCUACAAUGUCCUCGAUGGCAUCUCCUCCUUCUUCAACAACCUCUUCGCACGGACCCAGACCCUGACAUUUGCCGAGUUCCUGGAGAAGGUCGUGGAAGCCGACGUUAGCUACACGCUGAUCAAGACGAAGCUGACAGAGGAUUACUCCGAGGAGAGUGAGUACGCCGUCGUCGUUGCGAACGAGGGUAGCAGCAACAGCAGUGCGAACGACUACAAAGUUGCAAAGUCGCAGAUAGCAGCACUAGUGGCGGAUGUUUUCUCCAACACCGCUGUGGCAGAAAAUAAGGUGGUAGAAGUUUUUACAGAUCCAUCAGCAUCGUCGAAGCCCAUGGCUGAGCUUUUCGGUGCCAUUCCUGAAGAUGGGAGAAGGAAGGCCUAUGCGGAAGCCCUUGCGAAAGCCAAAGCAGAGGAGGAAGCACAGCUAGCGGCUGAGAAAGCUCGGGUGGCUGCCGAAGCGGCAAAGAAGCUGGAGGAAGAGGUGAAGAGGCUGUCUCAGCAGGAAGCUGUUGCUUCCGAUCUGGCUGAGGAGGCCCGUGAGAAGGCGGACGCAGCAGGUAUCUCAAUGGAGAGCAUAUUUAACAAGGCUAAGGACUUCGGGUCGGGCCUGUCUCUCGAGAAAUUCGGGUCUCAGAUAGCGAAUGCUGGGCAGAAGCCCGUUGAGAAGCCGGAGGUCCAGAUCGCCACCGUCAGGGGACAGGCCAAGGCGCGGAACCUGCCAGCCUUGAGGGCAGUGGUCAAGAAGGCCGUCCCCACCGGCUCUGGCACGGUCAUGGUUGGCCCCCCAGCUCCGAAGCCGAAACCGAAGCCAACUCUGGAGCCGACUGGUAGUAGACGGAAGGAGGAGCCCAAGAAGGAAGUGAGGAAGGUGUUUGGUGGGCUCUUCCAGCAAGAGACCAUAUACGUAGAUGACGAUUGAGCCCAGUCAUAAUAUUUCUAAGGACCAUAAUGCUAUGUUGUACGUACGUAACGUAACUGCUGAAUUAAAAAAAAAAAACAAAAUCUACGAUUAAUAAAAUCCAUUGGAAAAUCAACACCAUGCAAUUCGGGAUUAAA